UUUUUUCAGUGAAAAAGUUUAAAGCAUAACAGAAGUGAAGUAAAUCGAAAAUCUUAAAUAACUGUUUACUUAUAUCAUCGCAUAUAUUAAACUGAACUACUGUAAUAUAAGAUUGGAUUAAAGACAGGCCACCAUUCUUUCCCAAGACCUUUUAUAAUUCAAUUAUAAAUCUGAGAGAAUAUUCAUUAACCCCACUCUUCGUGGUUUUUGGUUGAUAAUUUAUGCUAUUCAAAAAUAAAUAAGUUUGAAGAAAAAAAUCUUGCUAUCAUUAUUGAUUUUGUUUAAGCUCCAGGGACUAGCAGAAUGAAUAUUAUUUUCUUUACAUUUAUCUUGAUAUUCUUGACUCUUUCAACAGAAGUAAAGGCUGACAAAGGCAAUAUGGUACCCAACGGCACUUGCAAAUACCACGUUAGCUAUAACAACGCGAUAACGUUCAGUAAAGCAAACGCAACAUGCAAAAGUAUGGGUGGAUCAUUGGCAAUGAUGAAAACAACAGCAAUACAGGAUUUCGUUGAAAGUCAAAUAAUAUAUCGAUAUCGUAAUUGGGGUGGAACUGUGGAUUUUUGGAUUGGAGCUUAUAAGGAAAAUAAAAAGUGGAUCUGGAUGGACGGAUCAUCUAUAUCGGACAUGGACAUGAGGUUUGCGUGGAGUGCAGUUAAGACGUCAUCUGGGUAUUUGUUUAUGAGCUCUUAUGAAACUACAAGAAAUAAUAUGAGGUGGAUUAAUAAUGGAGGAACAAAGCUACGUGAUUAUAUUUGUGAAAUAUCAGUUUUCGAUCGAUGUUCAACCAAUGUAUGUGACAAUGGCGGAACUUGCAAUCAGAUUGGCUGUCAAUCAAACUGUAUGUGUACUCCAGGUUACUUUGGAGAAUUUUGCACCAGCGAAUCAAUAUCGAUUUUACCAACGGAAACAAAUUAUACAAUAUUCGUUGGACAAAGUGUCUCAGUUGAUUUAACGAUUUUGAGCUAUGACGGACCAGUAAAGAUUAAAGUUUUUAAAAAUGAUGAUUUUGCAACAUCUGUUGCGACAAAAUCCAACGUAACAGGAACUGUUAGUUUUACAUUUGGUCCAUUUGGACCAGGAAGAGAAAAAUUAACUUACAACUUUCGUGCGAAAUCUGAAUCGAGUUCUCAUGCUUAUUACAAAACUACUUCGGUUACCAUUUUACUCAAAGGAAAAUUACAACUCAUUAACUGGAACGUAUCAAACAAUGAAGAUUUGCUAUCAUGUACGUUUGAAGGGUAUCCUGCUCCCAAAACGACAGGAAUCUUACGCAUAAGUUUGGUUAAAUUUCUUGAAACAACUGAAGUGCACUGUUUUGCCCAAAAUGACUACGAAACGUCAGCAGUUCAUAAAUUUCUGAUAAAUAACGAUGUAAUUUUUGAAAAUAACAUCAUUUAUCGAAUAUUCUGGAAACAAAAAGACAGGCGAUCCUACUACAAGGCAAAGGAACUAUGUCACUCUUCUGGUGGGAACUUAGUGACGAUUUCAAAUGAUCUUACUCAAAAUGCAAUAUCAAAAAAGUUACAGAACAUUGGCGUUGAUGUGGACGUUUACAUCGGCGCAACCAGGAAAAUUCAAGAACGAAAAAUUGAAUGGAAAUGGCAGAAUGGAUUUGCAUUCUACGAUGAAACAAAAAAUGGAAAAUGGAAUGAGCGCAACAAUCGAUCAAGCAAUGGACAAUAUAUUGGUUGGAAGGAUGGCGAACCAAAUAAUAUAAUGUUUGACUGUGCUAGUAUGUCCUACUGGGGCCUAUGGUACUGGAAUGUUGUUCAAUGCAAUAGAACAAUUGGAUUUAUAUGUGAAAAUCUUGCAUCGUCGACAUUGCCGAGUUUGAAGAUUGAAGAGUGUGGCACAGCAAUCAAAAUCACAUUUUAUGCCUCGUUGGAAGCAUUGAAUAUAACACAUAGGAUUGAAGUAUCUGAAAAAAAUUCUAGUCAGUCAUUGGCAUCACAUGAAACCGUAGCAGUACGUCGAAUGAAUUCAAUUUUCUUCAACAAUUUACAAUAUUCAACGAUGUACAUGAUAAAGCUCAUCUUAUGCCCUGCUGAAUGUGUGCAUCCACCAACUACUCAUAAGUAUGUAAUAACUUCAAGUGCUGAAUCACCAAAGCAUUGCGAUGUUGUCCUUAUGGAUGAAUCAAACACGGAAAGCAAGGUUAACUUGUCACUUAUACUCCCAUCUUCGAUUCUUGGAACAACAGUCGUUUUGCUUUUUCUCGCCAGUUUCAUUCUCUGUAUAAAAUUAAGAUCGCGUGUGGACACUAGGGAUUCCAUUCGACAUGAUGCUAGUACAGAUGAAGUUACUGUUCCUUACCAAACCACGUACAUGAAGCAUAAGAGCCAAAAGGAUGUUAACGGUUACGAAAACACUAAUUUGACACCAAAUACAACAGAAAGGUUAAAAGCAAGUGAAAAUGUGAUUGAUACAGCAAAUGCCCCAAACAAAUGUAACAAUUUUAUCAUUAAAGCUGAAUAUGUACGACAAGUUGAAUCAUAUGAAACUCCUAUGCAAUUGAACAAAAUUCAGAAUAAUAGCGUAUACGAGGAUAUUCAAAAUACCUCUGGUGUCAAGAUGAAUACAAAUACUAUGAUUUACAUCUGAUGUAAAUUGCCAUUAGUUUAACCAACUUUAAAGGCAAACGUCCUAUAUGAAUGGCAUUAUUAUGAAACUGAAAAUUGGGUUUUUUAAACGUGUCUUACUCUACUAAGACAAUAUACAUUCUCGUAAUAUCCUAUUUAAAUUUUGAGGCAGUGUAUAUAUAUUUUAUUCUAUAGCGCCUUUAUAUGAUACUCCACUUAUUCCGUAAUGAGGCUUUUGCUUUGGAGGUUUGUCUUUUGUUUAAUUAAUGAGUAAUUACAGGUGUCGUGAAAUUAUGAGUUUAUAACAAUAAUGAUUAACGUGAUAUUGCUAUUUAAUGCUGCAUUCUACUUCAUCUGUUGUUAUAUUAUGAAUUUCCAUUUUAUACGUACUAUAGCAAUGAACCAAUGCAACCAAAUGUAAGUAUAUGAGCCUGAA